UAAAGCCUAUUAAUAUAAACCCUCAUUCUGGAUUGGUAAAGCAUUUUUAGUUGAAGGUCGCGAACUAUGUUCAUUCAAGGAUUUCAUAUACAGUACUUUGUUUUUACCAUGCACUCACCCAAAGUGAUGGAGUUACAUAAUACAUAAUACCUACAUUUUUAGAUGAAGAGAAUAAAAGGAAGAAGUGUAGGACUAUCCAGAGUAAAUAAAUCAUUUCCAGUUUACUCAAAUGAUUACUGUGAAAACAAUAAUGUUCGAACGUAUCAAAGUGACAAAAUUGUUAUUAAAAAAUCUCCAUUUGUAAUGACAAAAUCGGAAAGCAAUCCUAGUUCUGAAUUUAACAGCUUAUGUUCUCACGAGAAGUUGAAGAUUGAAUUCCACAUGAGUAGCGGGGAAUUCAAAUCUGCAUCUAUUAGUGGGAAAUCUGUGUUAGAAGAAAACAAAUUGUGUAAGAAUGAUAAUUGUUUAAUAGAUCAAGAAACAAUGAUGGAAGACGAUCUUUUAAAACUUGAUGAUUCACUCUUGGAGAAGAUUGAUUUGUCUUUUAGUGAUGCUACAUUAGAUAAAACCGCCAAGAAGCAAUGCUUCGGUCUUAACAGUGAAGUAAGUAUAAAAGGCAUACAGCCAUUAUCUGAAAUUGAAAACAAGAUCUUUGAAAAGACAAAUCAAAAGAUUUAUAAAGAAUCACCCGAUAUUUUCUGCAAUACAGAAAAUAAUGAAGAAGAUAAACCGUGGGACAUGUCAAUCACAGUUGAAGAUAAAGACGGACCUUUUCCUGAACAACCACAAAGUGCUUCCAAAAAACUCCUUAUGUCUCCUGGACUAAGUGAUCUUAUACUGGAUACUUGGGUUCCUUCAAGAGAAUAUUCUUCACAACGUGAGGGUAAAAGGUUGUCAUUUGAAGGGAUGAUUAAAAAUGCUCUUUCCAACAAUGCUCAUAAAACGGCUUCACCCAAACCAUUAUUGACCUCAUGUAGCAACUGUAGUAGUUCUUCAUUCUUUGGCCUUCCAGAACAUGUAAAGAGCCUGAUUAAACGCUACAAAGGGAUUCAGGAUUUGUAUAAAUGGCAAGAGGAAUGUCUGAACCUCCCGGCAAUAAAGAAGCGGAAAAACUUGGUUUACGCCUUACCUACUAGUGGAGGAAAGACACUGGUUGCUGAAAUAUUGAUCUUAAAAGAAAUCAUGUGCAGAGAAAAAAAUGUCCUAUUCGUGCUGCCUUAUGUUUCCUUAGCACAAGAGAAGGUGAGAGCUCUUUCCCCAUUUGCACUAGAGUUAGGAUUCAUAGUGGAGGAGUACGCUGGCAGUAAAGGAGGUUACCCGCCACAAAAACGACGUAGAAAACGCAGCGUUUACGUGGCUACGAUUGAGAAGGCGCUGGGUCUUGUCCACAGUCUGAUAGAGUGUGAACGCAUCGAGGAGCUCGGACUUAUUGUUGUGGACGAGCUUCAUUUAGUGGGUGAACCCAAACGAGGAGCUCAUUUGGAAUCAAUGCUCACCAAAAUGAUGUACAGAAAAGGAAGUGUUCAAAUAAUAGGAAUGAGUGCCACCAUCGGAAAUUUACGAGACAUCGCCACGUUUUUACACGCUGAUGUUUUCACUCAGGACUUCCGACCUGUAGAAUUAACUGAAUUUGUAAAGGUCGAAGAAGAACUUUUCAAAGUUGACUACUCAAUAGAGGAAGAAGUUCCACUUGUGUUUCAAUCAAAGAUUUCUUUUGAGUACUCGCAAGAACAGAAACAAAAGGAUCCAGACCAAGUGGGUGCGCUCGUGCUAGAAGUUAUUCCUGAACAUUCAUGUCUUGUCUUUUGUCCUUCCAAGAAGAACUGUGAGAAUGUGGCCUCUCUGAUAUGUAAUGUACUUGGGAAAAACAUAAUAGAACACAAGAUAGAGGAGAAGAAGGCUUUAUUUAGAGCGUUGGUGUCCGAAGGGAAUGGUACCGUGUGUCCGAUACUGAGAAAAACUUUACCUUACGGCAUUGCUUAUCACCAUUCAGGUUUGACAACAGCUGAGAGAAAUCUUCUCGAAGAGGCUUUCUUGGCAAAAACAAUUUGUUGUAUAUGUUGUACAUCGACUUUAGCAGCUGGAGUGAACCUACCAGCCAGAAGGGUGAUUCUAAGGUCACCCUAUGUAGGCGCUCAACUCCUCACUCUCAGCAAGUACAAGCAGAUGGUCGGCAGAGCUGGAAGGACAGGCAUGGGAGACAUCGGUGAGUCAUUUCUUCUCUGCAAGCCACAAGAUGCUCAGAAGGUGGGUGAGCUACUCAGUUCAUCAAUGGACUUGUGUAACAGCCAGUUGGAAGGCACGGGUCUGGCUUGUCUCAUCAUCAGUGCGGUGGACCUGGGACUUGCCGCAACCACCUCUGCGUUGCACUCGCUCUGUCACUGUACUCUACUGGCUGUCCAGGCCACACGACUCUCUGUGGACCUAGCGUCUCUCAUUGGAGAAACUGUGGAUACUCUGGUGAACAGCGGAGCGAUGGUGGUCGACGGUGACCUGCUGAAGCUCAGCAAAAUUGGAAAAGCAGCGGUGAAAGCCAACCUGGAUAUGGACACGGCCCACAAGUUGUACAGAGAUCUGAAGGUUGCUCAGGACGGACUAGUACUUCUGUCCCACUUGCAUCUGCUUUACCUGGUGAUCCCGUACCCCAUGUUGGAACUGAUCCCCUUCCAGCAGCGGGCAUUCUGUGACUCGUAUAUGGCGCUUGGGUCAAAAGACAUGCAAACUGCCAAAGUUUUGGGAAUCAAAGAAAGUUGUAUAGCACAAAUGAUGCAAGGGAGAUUGGUCAAGAACAGUUUGAGUGAAGUCCUGCAUAGAUUCUACCUUAGCUUGAUCUUGUUUGACCUUUGGAACCAGAGCAGUAUUUGGAAAGUUUCAAACAAAUACUCUUUACCUAGAGGAUUAGUGCACAACUUUUUGGUUUCGUCUUCGGCAUUCUCUUCAAGUGUCGUUAGAUUUUGUGAGGUGUUGGAAGACAUGUGGUGUUUCAAACUUCUGUUGUCAGAUAUGUCGUCCAGACUCACUCAUUGUUGUACAGUGGAGUUGCUCCCACUCAUGGAGCUGCCAGCUGUCAAAAUAGGGCGAGCCAAACAACUGUUUAACGCUGGUUUUAAAAGCAUCAGUAUCCUUGCGAAAACAGAGCCAAAGGUUUUGGUGCAGACUAUAGACCACAUGCCGAGGAAAGUGGCUCAUCAGAUCGUGGCUGCUGCUAAGUUGAUGCUGCUGGCAAAAGCUGAGAGUUUGCAAGAAGAGGCUGAAGAUGUUUUGGAUGGAUUGCAGAACUGUUAACUGAACAUUAUCAUAGACAAAAAGAAUUAAUUAAAUAUAGACUGUCAGCUGUGCUGUGGUUACCAUAGGUUAUGGCGCACACUGUUGUGAG